AUGUCUGCCGCUGCUAGAAAUUUCCCCGUCAUCAAGGCCAUCCGCACAUAUGUUGUGGAUGGCGUUGGCUCCGGAGGAGACUACCACAAUGUGAAGGGCGGGCACUGGCUGAUUGAUACCUCCAUAUCGACACCCAUGUCCAGAUGGGAGAAUUACCGAGCGUCAAGAACGAGCUGGGGUAUCAACGUCUUGGGUUCUUUCUGCGUCGAGAUUGAGGGAUCGGAUGGCACCGUCGGGUUCGCAACUGGAUUCGGGGGCCCCCCAGCAUGCUGGCUUGUCCAUCAACAUUUCGAACGAUUCCUGAUCGGCGCCGAUCCCCGCGAUACCAACCACUUGUUCGAGCAAAUGUACAGAGGUUCCAUGUUCUAUGGUCGAAAAGGACUUCCGGUUGCCGUCAUCUCGGUGAUCGACCUGGCGCUCUGGGAUUUGCAAGGAAAGAUCAGGAACGAGCCGGUGUAUAAGCUCAUUGGAGGCGCAACAAGAGAGAGGCUUGAUUUCUAUUGCACUGGUCCAGAGCCAACAGCGGCCAAGGCUAUGGGAUUCUGGGGUGCCAAAGUUCCAUUGCCGUACUGUCCAGAAGAGGGCCACAAGGGCUUGAAAAAGAAUGUCGAAUUCUUGCGGAAGCACAGAGAAAGCGUAGGUCCGGACUUUCCACUCAUGGUGGAUUGCUACAUGAGUCUGAACGUCCCAUACACCAUUGAUCUUGCAACCGCAUGUCUCGACUUGAACAUCAAUUGGUGGGAAGAGUGCCUCUCGCCAGACGAUACGGAUGGCUUCGCACAGAUUAAGCGAGCCCACCCCCAGCUCAAGUUCACUACCGGAGAGCACGAAUACUCACGAUACGGCUUCCGCAAGCUGAUCGAGGGCCGGAAUCUCGACAUCAUCCAACCAGAUGUGAUGUGGCUGGGUGGCCUUACCGAGCUCCUGAAAGUGGCUGCCAUGGCCUCCGCGUACGACAUCCCAGUUGUCCCACACGCGAGUGGACCGUACAGCUACCACUUUGUUCUCUCCCAGACGAAUUGCCCGUUCCAGGAAUACCUUGCAAACUCUCCUGAUGGCAAGAGUGUGCUGCCCGUGUUCGGAGACUUGUUUUUGGAUGAGCCAAUCCCGCUGGAGGGAUUUUUGAAUGCUACACAGCUCGACAAGCCAGGAUUCGGAUUGACGCUGAACCCAGCUGCUAAAUUGAUCCCAGCAAAGUACUUGUUAACACCAAACCCGGAAAGGCCACUUGGGCAAGCAGCCCUUGAGCAGCCAGCCAAGGUGGAGAAAAAGACGGAAAGCGAGGGAAUGCUCAAUGGCACUAUUAAGGGGAUUCAAGACUUGACGACCUCACCUCUGUUGAGAGUUACCCCGCCAUCCCCUAAAAAGCUUCAUAUCUCCAAACCAGAGACAACCAACGAGGCGCGAACCAUGGCGCACCACCUCCUCCUUUCCAAGACGGCGGCCAUAACCGGCGGUACGACAGGCAUCGGACGGGCCAUCGCCCUCGAGUUCCUCCGCCAGGGCAGCAACGUCGCCAUCAAUCACCUCAACCUCCCCUCGGACUCGCACCACAAGGCGACGCUCCUGGCCGAAGCAGCAGCGAUAGGAGAGAAGGACGAGAAGGCCGGGAGACUCAUUGAGGUCGAGGGCGAUGUGAGCAAGCCGGAGACGGGGAAGCUGCUGGUGGAGGAGGCCGUGAAGGCGUUUGGACGCCUAGAUAUUUUUGUCAGUAAUGCGGGCGUCUGCCAGUUUGCGGAGUUCUUGGAACUCGACCAUGACCUCUUCGCAUCCACCGUCCGCAUCAACCUCGACGGCGCCUUCUACUCCUGCCAAGCGGCCGCCCGGCAAAUGGCAGAGCAGAAAAGCGGCGGCAGCAUCAUCGCCAUAUCGUCCAUCUCCGCACUCGUCGGCGGCGGCAUGCAAACCCACUACACGCCCACCAAAGCAGGCGUGCUCUCCCUCAUGCAGAGCAUGGCUGUCGCGCUCGGCAAGCACAAGAUACGAUGCAACGCGCUGCUGCCGGGUACGAUCAAGACGCAGCUGAACGAGGAAGAUCUGAAGGAUGACAAGAAGAGGGAAUACACGGAAACGAGGAUACCGCUGGGGAGGACGGGCGAGCCGAGGGAUAUGGCGGGCCCGGCGGUCUUUUUAGCAUGCGAAGAGUUGAGUGGGUAUGUGAAUGGGGCGCAGCUGCUGGUUGAUGGGGGAAUGUUCGUGAAUUUGCAGUAA